AUGGCCAACACAGAGACUGAGAUUAAUUUGCAGUUAUCUAAAAUUGUAAGAGAUUUACCAAAUCGGGCGAUAAAUGUUGCCAUUGAGGACAGGCCAGCAUUAUUUAAAAAAACUAUUGGACCGAUGCUUAUGGAUCCCGCUGUCAAUUCAGCAAUUAUAAGAGGAAUAUGUAAAACGAUCGGAAGUACAUUAACUAAAUAUAAAGAUAGUGCUUCGCAGCAAUUGGUUAGAGGAUUAAUAACAGAUCUACUUAAAAGUCAUCAUGACUCUGCCAUUGAAAAUCUGAUGGCGGUCUUUAAAGUGCUAGCAUGUAAAGAGUUACCGAAUGCGCCGGCACAAAAGGGGUCUAAAGCGGCCAUUAUUGCUUUGGGCUGGAGCAUAUUGUUGAAUAAACAUGGCGAUUUGAAUUCUAAUGUUUUUAAAACUGAAUUGCCUCGUUUAAUUGAAUACCAAGCCCUAUUGUAUCACAUAGUUCUAUUGGGUUCCAGUGCUCGUCUAAUCGAUAUGGUCGAUGGUGUGAUGUUUGAAAUUUUCGAAAGUCCUGUUUAUUUUCCUCAAUAUUUAACUGUGCUAAUCGAUAAAGAGCCAUCAGGCUAUGUAAUAGUCGCCCUAAUGUUGUUGGUUAAGUUUAAGGAGCGUGUGCAAAACGAGUCCCUCCUCUGUGAAUACAAGCCCAAGUUGAUCGAUCAUUUCGUCAAAGGCAUUAUAACGGCUAAAAUUAAACCAAGUAGUGAUUACAUUCCGGCGUGCAAGGUAUUACUGAAUUCAAUAACUAAGGACGAAUUUGAGGAGAAAUUCUUACCACCCAUACAAAGAGCUAUGCUGCGAAAUCCUGAAAUUAUUUUACAGGCUGUGGCUUUAAUAAUACACGAAAUUAAUUUAGAUUUUAGUCCCUACGCUUUACAAUUGGGUAAGAUUUUACUGCAGAACUUAUAUUCAAAGGAUGAAACAGCCCGUACUGAAUCCGUUGAUUGCCUUCGGAAACUCUCAUUAAAAUGUACCAAACCUGAUGUUAUAGCAGAACUUUUGAAGAAUAUUUUCAGUAUCUUAAAUGGCUCCGAAGGAAAAAUAACUGUUGCUGAAUAUCGUAUGAAUUUAAUGCAAGGCGCUGGAAAUCUUAGUUAUAAUGCGGUUCCUAUUGCUCAAAUGUCAAAGAUUCUUUUCAUAGCAACUGAACUAUUUUCGAAAGCUUUACUAAUUGAAAUACACGAGAAGGUAAUAUGCCAUACUUUGGAAAUGUUUAGUCUCUGGUCUGUUAAGAUGACGGGACAGUUGGACCAAAAUAUUACUGAAAUAUUCCAAAAGGGGAUUCAGCUAAAAACGACAACACCAGCAGUGCGUUUGUCAUAUUUGCAAUGGCUUUUAGCGGCUUUGCACAAUGGCACCCUUAGCAAAGAGUCUAAACUAACUCCAAUGCUGUCGACAAUUUUCGAUAAGGCCUUACAGAAUCCCAGUCAAGUGGCGUUAUUGUCAGAAGCCACUUGUGCGGCAUGUAUAAUCUUGAAAACCGAGGGAACUGAAGCUGAUGAAAAGUUAACAAUUUUCUGGAAUAAUGUUUUAGAUAUGAGUAAAUCAAUUUUCUUUGCGGAACGCUUUGUGAUCACCGCCCCACCCGAAACGUUAUGCUACGUUAUUUUAAUUGCCGAAUGCUUACUACGAAAUCAUUUUAAUAACCUUAGAGGUGAUGCGUAUGUUCUAUUUCGGGCUAUUGUACGUGGUAUUACUUCAGUAUCAGGCAAAGUUAGAAAUUAUGUGAAUAAUUUAUUGCCAAAAAUAACGCGCUGCACGGACGGUAUUUCAUUUGUUAGAAAAAUAUUCAUGGAACUUGAAAAAUUCGCGAACAGCUAUGACAAGGACGUAGAGAAUACAGAGGAGAAUGAGAUAUUCGCUAGCAAUUUCAUCGAAUCGAUUCAUACGUUAUGCGAUUUUGAAAAAUUAGCAAGUGCUGAUGGUCAAAAUUUGGCUUUACAAUCUUUGGUUGUGUGUCAUCAUCCUUUGUUGGUAAGCGGUGAGGAUAAUUUAUGGGAAAACGUGGUACGUUUCCAAUUCGAUUUAGAUCCCAAAGUGUUCAUAUCCCUUAAUGCUAAGCAAAUCACUGAAAUGAUUAUAACGAACUUUAAACCAAUUAAAGCAUAUGAAAAUGCGGUAGCCACUUUAAUACGCUUAAGUCCGGAUGUUAUACUACCCUUAUUAAUUGGCAAGGUGACGACUGAAUUGAAGAAUCCCAAUAUGGUUAAUGUAAGCGACGAUGAUUACUUCACUUAUUUGACACCUGAAGGAGAAUUGUACGAUAAGAGCGUUAUUCCUAAUAAUGAAGAAUUGUAUGUCACCACUGGGAUAAAACGUGAAAAUAAAGUUUACAGUUACAAAGAACAAUUAGAAGAAUUGCAAUUGCGCCGCGAGAUUGAGGAGAAACGUCGCAAAGAAGGACGUGCUAAACCACCGCAACUAACACCGAAACAACAGGAGGCAAUAAGGAAUCAAACGGAAAAGGAAAACCAGAUUAAGAAACGACUGCAAGCUUUAAAUGCGAAAUUGAUUUGCAUCAUUAAAAUGAUCAAGUCUGCUGGUGUUGGCAAUGCAAAACAAUUAUCGUUGCAUUUUCCCGCAAUUCUCGGUGCUAUCCUCAGUGCCAUGAAGUCUCCGCUAUCGGCUAGUCUUCUGUCCGAGUUAUAUUUCGAAUUGCGUCUAGCUUGCUUUGAUGACUGUGAUUUGGCUUUUAAAGUCGCUACCACCACUAUACGUUUGCAAAUGCCUCGAUGCGAUUUAAAGAGUGAAUGGAUUGAAUCGGACAUUAGCGAAGCUACAGAGAACACGUUGCAUAUGCUUUAUAAUAAUGUGAUUGUUGAGAAAAAUACGUUAUUGGCACCAACGUUUACUUACAUAUUUGAGUUUCUCAAACGUGCAUUGGUUGCAAAGAAGCUAGUGAUCGAUGAAGAACUUUUAUUAAUGGGUAUAAAAAUAUUGGAAGAGCACGCUCAAAUUAGAGGCGAUUCUUUAAUAGGUGAUAUUAAUGAUUAUAGACAUCCGAAAUAUAUGCCGCGUAUGGAAAUGUUUCAAUUGCUACUUAGCUUUAUAAAUAAUAAUCAAGGACGCAUACAAACUCAGGCUGUUGUUACAUUGCUUGAAGUGGCUCAAUCCAGUUCAGGAGACGAUUACUGUGCUAUAGCAACGCGCGAAGAGUGCAGAUUGUUUUUGAACACGUUGGAAGCUUCUUUGGAGGCAUCCCGAGAUGUGGCAUUGCGAGCUCUAAAGAUAAUGUGCCGCCCUUUAGUCGAACAAAGUUUAUUAGACGAGGAAAUGUUGCGAAUUAUUACCCGACGUCUUUGGAUUGCUCGGUUCGAUGUUAGCAAUGAAAAUCAACAUUUAGCAAAUGAACUUUGGAAAUCAGUUGAUCUAGAGCAGCCGCAAUUCGAAGAUCUACUCUGCGAUAUUAUCCAUCCGGAAUUAAACAUUCAAAAAGCAACAGCAGCGUCUCUGGUACCACUUCUUUCGGAAGAUCCAUCAUUAGCAAAGCGAACAUUGAAAAAACUAUUAACAAUAUAUAACGAGAAGUUAACUAUGAUACCACCCAAACUAGAUCAAUUCGAUCGUGAAAUUGAAUCGGCCAUUGAUCAAUGGCGACCACGGCGAGGUGUGGCUAUUGCCAUUGCUCAAAUAGCACAAUUCUUUUCAUUGGAAGAUGUUAACCACGUUAUGCAAUUUAUGGUAUCGACGGGUUUGGGGGACCGUGAGGAAAUCGUCCAUAAAGAAAUGCUAGCUGCAGCUUUAACAAUCGUAGACUUACAUGGAAAGGAAGCUAUAAUUACCUUACUACCAGUUUUCGAAGAGUUUCUCGACAAGGCACCAAAAUCGCAAAGUUUCGACAAUAUUAGACAAGCGGUUGUAAUUUUAAUGGGUUCUUUAGCUCGUCACUUGGAAAAGAAUGAUAAGCGUAUUGAACCGAUUGUCAAACGUCUGCUAGCGGCCUUGUCCACACCCUCUCAGCAAGUUCAAGAAGCGGUAGCCAAUUGUUUGCCACACUUGAUGCCUUCAGUGAAAGAUGAAGCUCCCGCAAUGAUUAAGCGACUUCUGCAACAAUUAGUUAAGUCAGAUAAAUAUGGGGAACGACGUGGUGCUGCGUACGGCAUUGCCGGUAUUGUAAAGGGUCUCGGCAUACUUUCGCUUAAACAGUUCGACAUUAUGUCGAAAUUAACGACCUACAUACAAGAAAAGAAGAAUUAUAAAUCUCGAGAAGGAGCCCUGUUCGCGUUUGAAGUGUUAUGUACAACCUUAGGUCGUCUAUUUGAACCUUAUGUUGUUCAUGUGCUUCCACACCUUUUGCAAUGUUUCGGUGAUUCAUCACAAUAUGUUAGGCAAGCAGCUGACGAAUGCUCGAAAGUAGUAAUGGGCAAGCUAUCGGCUCAUGGUGUCAAAUUAGUUUUACCAUCUCUAUUAGAAGCUCUUGACGAAGAUUCAUGGCGCACGAAAACUGCCUCCGUGGAACUGUUAGGUGCUAUGGCUUUUUGUGCCCCAAAACAGUUAUCGUCAUGUCUGCCAUCUAUAGUUCCUAAACUCAUUGAAGUGCUUGGUGAUUCGCACACUAAAGUUCAAGAAGCGGGCGCAGAUGCUCUUAAAGUUAUAGGCUCGGUAAUCAAAAAUCCCGAAAUUCAAGCCAUCGUACCAGUUUUACUUAAAGCUCUGGAAGAUCCUUCAAAGAAUACUUCGAUAUGUCUGCAAAGUUUAUUGCAAACAAAAUUUGUGCACUUCAUAGAUGCUCCCUCAUUGGCUCUAAUAAUGCCCGUAGUUCAAAGAGCUUUCAUGGAUCGUUCGACAGAGACACGUAAGAUGGCAGCUCAGAUUAUAGGUAAUAUGUAUUCCUUAACAGACCAAAAAGAUUUGACACCGUACUUGCCCAAUAUUAUACCCGGUCUGAAAAUGUCCCUUUUGGAUCCUGUACCUGAAGUUAGAGCAGUUUCAGCUCGUGCUUUAGGUGCGAUGGUACGUGGAAUGGGUGAAUCAUCUUUUGAAGACUUGCUUCCAUGGCUAAUGCAAACCCUUACCUCGGAAUCUAGUAGUGUAGAUCGCAGCGGUGCAGCUCAAGGUCUUUCUGAAGUAGUCGGCGGUUUGGGAGUAGAGAAAUUACAUAAGCUUAUGCCGGAAAUUAUAGCUACAGCAGAGAGAAAUGACAUUGCUCCUCACGUCAAGGAUGGUUACAUAAUGAUGUUCAUUUAUAUGCCAGGUGCAUUUCCUCAGGAUUUCACUCCCUACAUUGGGCAAAUUAUUAAUCCUAUCCUUAAAGCCCUAGCCGAUGAAAAUGAAUACGUGCGCGAUACAGCCCUUAAGGCUGGUCAACGUAUAGUAAAUCUUUACGCAGAAACUGCUGUGACUUUGCUUUUACCUGAAUUGGAACGUGGUUUAUUUGAUGAUAACUGGAGGAUACGGUUUAGUUCAGUGCAAUUGUUGGGUGAUUUAUUGUAUCGCAUAUCGGGAGUUUCAGGCAAAAUGACCACCGAGACUGCAAGUGAAGAUGAUAAUUUCGGCACAGAACAGUCGCACACAGCCAUUAUACGCUUUUUAGGACAUGAGCGCCGUAAUAGAGUUUUAUCAGGACUCUACAUGGGUCGCAGUGAUGUUUCUUUAAUGGUGCGCCAAGCUGCUUUGCACGUUUGGAAAGUUGUCGUAACUAAUACUCCUCGUACAUUAAGGGAAAUUUUGCCCACGUUAUUUGGUUUACUUUUGGGAUGUUUGGCUAGCACUAGUUACGACAAACGACAAGUGGCUGCUCGUACCUUAGGAGAUCUGGUGCGGAAGCUAGGAGAACGUGUUCUGCCAGAGAUUAUACCCAUCUUGGAGCGAGGCUUGAAUUCAGAACAAGCCGAUCAGCGACAGGGGGUAUGUAUUGGGUUGUCCGAGAUCAUGGCCUCUACGUCUAAAGAGAUGGUUCUUACAUUUGUCAACAGUUUAGUUCCUACAGUUCGCAAAGCUCUCUCUGAUCCUUUACCAGAGGUAAGAGAAGCUGCUGCGAAAACUUUUGAGUCCUUGCAUUCAACAGUAGGCUCGAGGGCUCUGGACGAUAUACUACCAUCAAUGUUGGAAGGUCUCUCCGAUCCAGAUCCUGAGGUAGCGGAAAACACUUUGGAUGGUUUACGACAAGUUAUGUCUAUUAAAUCAAGAGUGGUUUUGCCAUAUUUAGUACCGCAAUUGACAGCUCCUCCCGUAAAUACUAAAGCCCUUUCCAUACUAGUAUCUGUAGCCGGGGAGGCACUGACCAAAUAUUUGCCUAAAAUCCUUUGCGCUUUAUUGCAAGCGCUUGCUGAAGCUCAAGGAACGCCCAAUGAAUCGCAGGAACUAGAAUAUUGCCAAACAGUGAUAUUGUCUGUAAGUGACGAAGUUGGAAUACGUACCGUUAUGGAUACUUUGAUGACUUACGCUAAAUCUGAUAAUCUCAUUACGCGCAAAUCAUCAGCUAGCUUAUUAUCCGCCUUCUGUAUGCAUACCCCUGGCGAUUAUUCUCAAUAUGUUCCUCAAUUGCUGCGCUGUUUGCUACGGUUAAUGGCUGAACAAGACAGAGAUAUACUGCAGAGAUCAUGGGACGCAUUAAACGCUGUUGUCAAGGGUCUUGAUUCUGCCCAACAGAUCGCCCAUGUAUCGGACGUACGACAAGCAGUGCGUUUUGCAGCUAGUGAUUCAAAAGAAGCGGAAUUACCGGGAUUCUGCUUACCAAAAGGUAUUACGCCGUUAUUGCCUGUAUUCCGUGAAGCCAUUCUAAACGGCUUGCCUGAAGAAAAAGAAAAUGCUGCUCAGGGCUUGGGAGAAAUAAUUGCUUUGACGAGUGCACAAUCCCUACAACCAUCAGUUGUGCAUAUAACUGGCCCGCUUAUACGGAUAUUAGGGGAUCGUUUUAAUGCUGGCGUAAAAGCGGCUGUGCUCGAAACACUGGCCAUACUAUUGCACAAAGUUGGAGUUAUGUUAAAACAAUUUUUGCCACAGCUCCAAACCACUUUCUUAAAGGCACUACACGAUCAGAAUCGCACCGUAAGAAUGAAAGCAGGGCACGCGCUUUCAGAAUUGGUAAUUAUUCACACACGCGCCGAUCCCAUUUUCAAUGAAAUACACAACAGCGUUAAAAGCAGCGACGAUUCGGCCAUACGUGAGACAAUGUUACAAGCUUUGCGGAGUGUAAUUAGUCCAGCAGGUGAUAAAAUGACGGAACCGCUAAAAAAGCAAAUCUACGUCACUUUGAUAGGAAUGCUGGGUCAUUCGGAAGAUGUUACACGUAGUGCCGUGGGUGGAUGCUUAGGAGCACUAUUGAAAUACCUUUCCACUGAUCAGGUUGAUGAUAUACUGCGUCAUCAUAUCCUAAUCGAUGACAAUGACGACUCUUCCCUCAAACACGGUCGGACUGUGGUAAUUUUUGUGGCUCUCAAAGAAAGUGCAACAACUAUAUUAAAUACUGCGCAUCAUGAUAGCAUUUUAAAAGUUUUGAUUACCAACAUAUCAUCGGAUAAAGUUCAGAUUGCUGGCAAUGGAAUAAGAGGGGCCACUUAUCUCAUUGAAUAUUGGAUGAUAAAUAAACUACUUCCAGCACAACCGAUUGUCACCGCUUUUACUAGAGCUAUGAACCAUAAUAGCAAUGACAUAAAACAAUUGGUAGCGAAGAGUUGCAAUCAUAUGGCCAAGACGUUGGAGGCUAGUCAAAUCUCACCUGAAAUCAUGAGGUAUUUAAUUCCGAUGCUUGUGAAUGGUACUAAGGAAAAGAACGGUUAUGUUAAAUCAAACUCAGAAAUUGCAUUAAUCUCGAUGUUACGCCUACGUGAUGAUGAAACUACGUACAGCAAGGUUUGCGACAUUCUAGAUGCUGGAGCACGCGAUUCGCUCAACGAAGUAGUCAGUAAAGUCUUACGCAAAGCAGCCAUCCAGCCGGCAGGCAAAGAUGAAGAACUUGACGACACAUUGCUUAUUUAGUUUACAUACAUGACAUAUGCAUUUCAAAUUAGCAUUCAAAAAUUAAUUACAUACAAAAUAAACAUGAAUAAAAUUGCAUCGCUCUUACAUGUGUAA